GUGUUGCUAUGUGCUGAGCCGAUGGGAUAGGCGCGGGGGCGCGUCUGUCACCCGGCAAGCCCCCGGCCCGGACUCGGAGGGAUGCGGAGCGGCAGUGGCGGCGGCGGUGGCGGAGACUGUGGCUUUAAGAGCGCACAGGGAGCGCCAGAGUCAGCCGUGCAGUCCUUCGUCGCCAAGCACACCAGAGCAGCCGAGCCUGGCGCUGGCGGGACCGGGCAGCUUGCCGCCAGGCUGCCGAGAACCAGCUGUAGGCCUCUGCUAGAGAGUCCUUCCUCUGACGACGUCACCAGUGUGUGGAGCCUGCCGCACACCCACCCCCUGCUAAACCACGGCCUUUACCUGUGUCUUCCGGUGUUUCCCGUGCGACCCGUCCUGUGGGAGUGCCUCGUGGGCUGCCCCAGAGUUCGCCCCGCGCUCAGCUGCACCAAUGGUGAAGAUGACGAGAUCCAAGACGUUUCAGGCAUACCUGCCCUCCUGCCACCGCACCUACAGCUGCAUUCACUGCAGAGCUCACCUGGCCAAUCAUGACGAACUCAUUUCCAAGUCGUUCCAGGGAAGUCAAGGACGAGCGUACCUCUUUAACUCAGUAGUUAAUGUGGGCUGUGGGCCUGCAGAAGAGCGGGUGUUGCUCACAGGCCUCCAUGCGGUUGCAGACAUCUACUGUGAAAACUGCAAAACCACUUUGGGCUGGAAAUACGAACAUGCUUUUGAAAGCAGUCAGAAAUAUAAAGAAGGCAAAUACAUCAUUGAACUAGCACACAUGAUCAAGGACAAUGGCUGGGACUGACCCGACAGCGUCCAUCCGGUCCAGCAUCCACAUGAAUGCCAUCCAAUCGAACAUUCUACCCAAGCGUGAGAGAGUGACUGAACACUUGGUUCCAUCCAUUUAGGGGCCUUGCCAUCAGGGGGCGCACUCCUACCCUGACGCCAUCUUUUUCGGUGACUGGCCUCUGAAUCGCCGUCUCUCUGUCUCUUUGCUUUGUAUCUGUUUGUGAGUUGAUCUUGGCUUCUCUGUUCCAGUGUUGGCUGAAAACAAAAUGACAAACAGAACAGAUCCUUGGCCGUGUGGGGCCGUGUGGUGGCGUCCACCUUGAACAGGGGCCCCCAGCCCAUAUGAGAGCUGCCUAAUGGCCUCUUGUCAGAGCAGUGGCACCUGGGCACGAGGAAGAGCAAAGAUGAACCUGAGAGUCCUGGGGUUGGGGAAGGGGCAAGAGGGUGGAGGUAGAACAAAGCUGUGCUACCCUUGGGGACCUGGCUUGAAAUUAUCGACUCUAAAGGACAGAGAGAAAAAAAUACCUCAUGGCUGUGUUCUCUAUGACAACAAACUUCUGCCCUAACAUCAAAUGUGCCAGGAUAGCAGAUUAGCACAAGAAAUGGCCCUGAUUCUAGCUGACAGGGCACGACCCUGGCAUUCUGGGCCGCAGAAUGUCCUUCUGGGGGUGGGGGUGGGGGUGGGGUAGGUAAAGCCCAAAUGGGUUUUAGUGACUCUGAUGCCUCCCACCCCACCUGUGGGCAAUCACCUUCUCGGUUUCUUUCACUGUUGCAGUGAAGGGAGAGAUGCAAGAUGCAAAUAUUCCAUUUAGCCAGCAGCACCCUGAAAUCCAUAGUGGAGGAAAGCCAGGGAGCACGGGUCGCAGCCUGGGAACUCCUGAUAACGAGCAGGAGAAGUAAAAAUGGAUAACUAGUCAGCAGUUCUCUUGGGAGCAAUGCAAUGAGGAGAGGUUCGGGGAGGAACAGUUUAGAUUCGAGCCAGUCUGGGCUCGGCACACCUUUCCUCGGUGUGCAGUGGCUUCCAUGGGAUUAGCAAUUCUCUGUGCAUAGUGUUUCUGGUUUGCUUUUUUUCUCCAGUUCCACCGUAACCUAGGAAGCAAAGAUCCAUGAUUGCAUCCCUCGUGCCUCUGUUAUUUUAGACCUGAAUGUCUUAUGUGGGGAGAGUAAUCUUUUGACAGUGUAGUCCUGCAGUGGGGAGGAAUCAUAGGUUCACUGUUGCCCCCUCACCCAUCACCCCACCCAAGCUUUGCAUUAGCUAUGGGGGGGAACAUUCCCUGUAAGUCUCAAGAGACGAAAAGGAACUUAGCGCAUUGAAUCAACACUGAACGUUUUACCACAGUUCAGCUAUUAUGUGGCACAUGGCUGAAACUCAUUUGAAUUAAUUUCAUUUCUUAGGCAAAAAUAAUGUUAAAAUACACACAUAGUAGGUAAUUCUCAACAUUGUUCUCCAACUAGGCUGGUCCUACAGGAAAAUGCACUUCUUAAAAAAAGCCUAAUAAAAGAGUUCAUGGGAAUAAGAA